AUGCAACCUUAUUUGGAAUAUAUAUUUCCAGAGCAAAAUUUCAUUGAUUUCAAAAUAAAAAGUGGCACUGUAAAGCUGUAAACUUAUAGAUGGCCAAGCAGCAAAGAUUUCACGAAAGGAUUAGUUAUAAUAUUUCCAGGCUAUGGCUCUUAUGUUCCGAGAUAUUCUUUAAUUGCCCAGCUAUAUACUUAGGAGGGAUAUGAUGUAAUGGGGUAUGACAAUGAGGGAUUUGGCAAUAGUGAUGGCUUAAGAGGCUAUAUAGGUGAUAUUGAUGUGUUUUAUAAUACUGGUUAUGAAUUUAUGAUGAAAAUCUUUGAAUUUUAUCAUUCUAAAGAUAUUUAAUCAGUGAUUGCUUUUGGCUUUAGUCUUGGAGGUCAGCUUUCAGUUGGAAUACAAAUGCUUCUUGAGAGGAAUUAAUAAAGAAUGUUUGAUCAACUCAUAUUAAAUGCCCCCAAUCUUGGUUUGAUGCUUUGCAAACCUAUAGAUGAAAUUAGAGCUGAAAUCAAAUUAAAAUUUGAUGAUGAUCCUACAGCGGAAGUUGAGUAUAACCCAUUUCUAGAUUAUGGUGAGGGUUUAGAUGAUGCAUGGAAUCAAGAUGAUAAGAUAAUGGUCAGAAAUAAAGUAUACUGCAAAUCAUUAUACUUUAACUCUAAGGUAACUGAGGAGUUGGAAUAGUACUAUUACUAAAUCAAAGUGCCAGUUUAUAUUGCUUUACCUACUAAUGAAAGUGUAGUUAACAAUUAACUGACAAGAGAAUUCUACGAUAUCAUUAAGAGAAACAAUCCGUAAAAUAUCUUGCAUGAGUAUGAUGCAAAACAUCUUUUGCUAUAUGAUGGAGAUCUUUACAAAGUUAUAGUUAGCUAAUAGAUAAAAUGGCUUAAUGAAUUAAAAUAAUGA